AUGCUUCGUCAAUCCAUCACUCGUCCUCUCGCCACGACAUCCUGUGCUAUCCUCGCCCGCCCUUUCUCCGCAAUUGCUCCCAGGAUGGCUGAAGGUGAUACCGGCGCUACCCGGUCUGGUGGUUCUGCUGCUAGCGACACUUUCCAGAAGCGUGAAGCCGCUCAAGAGAACCUCUACGUCUAUGAACAGGAGAAGAAGAAGAUCGCCGCUCUCCGAAAGAAGAUCAAUGAGCAGCGUGAGCACUUGAAUGAGCUGGACAAGCACCUUGACGAAUUUGGCAAGGAGGAAAAGAAAUAG